AUGGGUAGAGGGAAGUCUCAUGGAGAUGAAGAGGAAAACAUGGCUGCUUGGCUUAUUGGGAUCAAUACCCUCAAGAUCCAACCUUUCAAGCUUCCAGCUCUUGGACCUUAUGAUGCAAGAAUUAGGAUGAAAGCAGUUGGUAUAUGUGGAAGUGAUGUUCACUUCCUCAAGACCUUGAGACUUGCACAUUUUGAAGUGAAAGAACCAAUGGUGAUUGGGCAUGAGUGUGCUGGGAUCAUUGAGGAGGUUGGAAGUGAAGUUAAGCAUCUGGUUUCCAAUGAUCGAGUAGCAUUAGAACCCAGUAUCAGUUGCUCGCGAUGCCAUAUUUGCAAGGAAGGUCGAUACAAUCUCUGCCCUGAUAUGAAGUUUUUUGCAACUCCACCAGUUCAUGGCUCUCUUGCCAAUCAGAUUGUACAUCCAGCAGACCUGUGCUUUAAAUUGCCUGAUAACAUGAGCUUGGAGGAAGGAGCAAUGUGUGAGCCACUAAGUGUUGGUGUCCAUGCUUGUUAUCGAGGUAAUAUUGGUCCGGAGACAAAUGUGUUGAUCAUGGGAGCUGGGCCUAUAGGGCUUGUUAGUAUGAUGGUAGCUCGUGCUUUCGGAGCGCCUAAAAUAGUCCUUGUGGAUAUUGAUGAUUACCGAUUAUCUAUUGCAAAAGACCUUGGUGCAAAUGAGAUUGUUAAGAUCACACCAUAUAUGCAGGACGUAGAUGAAAAAGUAGAACUAAUAAAGAAAGCAAUGGGAGCAAGAAUAGAUGUGACUUUGGAUUGUGCAGGGUUUAAUAAGACAAUUUCAACAGCUCUUGGUGCCACUAGUUCAGGUGGCAAAGUUUGUCUUAUCGGCUUAGGCCACAACGAAAUGACUGUCCCUCUUACUUCUGCUGCAGCAAGGGAAGUGGAUGUGAUUGGCGUCUUUCGAUAUAAGAACACAUGGCCAUUAUGCAUUGAGUUGAUAAAAAGUGGUAAGGUUGACGUGAAGCCGCUCAUAACUCAUCGGUUUGGGUUUUCGCAGGAGGAGGUAGAAGAAGCUUUUGAAACCAGUGCUUGUGGCAGUCACGCCAUUAAGGUUAUGUUCAACAUGUAACCCCUACAAAAACUAUUUUAACUUGUAAUUUGGGAGAUGAAGAGAAAGAAAUAUGUAACUAAGUGAAUUUAUGUAGAUAACCAAUCAACCUUAGCUAGUUGAGUUUAAAAGGAAGUGUGAAUGUAUGUUGACAGUCUAUUGUGAAAUAAGUUUUCAUUUUCUUUUUUCCUGGUCCAUUUCUAAGACUGUAACUCUAAUUUCGUC